UCUUCAUCUAGGAAGCUUAUAUAUAUUCAAUUACUGAGCAGCGCAACCGCGGAGAUAUCAUAGAGAAAAGUAGUGAGCAGACACCGACGGCGAUGUCUCGCUCCGGCGUGGUGGCCAUGGACGCCGCCGGCGCCGAUGCAGACCAAGCCCGGCUGCACCAGCUGGGCUACAGGCAAGAGCUCAAGCGUGGCCUCUCCCUUGUUUCCAACUUCGCCUUCUCCUUCUCCAUCAUCUCCGUGCUGACGGGCGUCACGACGACGUACGGCACGGGGCUGCGCUACGGCGGGCCAGUGUCCAUGACGCUGGGUUGGCUGGUGGUGUCCGCCUUCAACGGCUGCGUCGCCCUGUCCAUGGCCGAGAUCUGCUCCGCCUACCCGACCUCCGGUGGCCUCUACUACUGGAGCGCCAAGCUGGCCGGCAAGGAAUGGGCUCCCUUGGCUUCUUGGGUCACUGGCUGGUUCAAUAUUGUCGGACAGUGGGCUUGCACGACGAGCGUGGAUUUCUCGCUGGCGCAGCUUCUCCAGGUGAUCAUCUUGCUUGCCACAGGAGGCGCCAACGGCGGCGGCUACAUGGCGUCCAAGUACGUCGUGUUGGCCAUCUACUCUGUCAUCCUCAUCCUGCACGGUCUCAUCAACAGCCUUCCCAUACACUGGCUCUCCUGGUUUGGUCAACUUGGAGCUUUCUGGAAUGUUGCAGGUGUGUUUGCGCUGACGAUCUUGAUCCCAUCGGUUGCCAAGGAAAGGGCGAGCCCAGAGUUCAUCUUUACCCAUUUCAACACAGAAAACGGCAUGGGCAUCCACCAGAAGGCCUACAUUCUAGCUGUGGGGUUGCUGAUGAGCCAGUACUCUGUAAUCGGCUACGAUACAUCUGCACACAUGAUAGAGGAGACGAAGAACGCGGAUUGGAGUGGGCCGAUGGGGAUCAUCACGUCCGUAGGCCUAUCAACCAUGUUCGGGUGGAUCUACCUGAUUGCCCUGACAUCGAUCAUGACCGACAUACCUUACCUCCUGAACCCCAGCAACGACGCCGGCGGGUACGCCAUCGCGCAGGCCCUGUACACCAGCUUCCACCGGAGGUACGGCACCGGCGCCGGAGCGCUCGCCUGCCUGGGUGUCAUCGCCGUCGCCAUCUUCCUCUGCGGAUCCGCGUGCAUCACCAGCAACUCGAGGAUGGGGUACGCGUUCUCGAGGGACGGCGCGAUGCCGCUGUCGCGCGUGUGGCACCGCGUGGACAGCCGCGAGGUGCCCCUCAACGUCGUCUGGCUCUCCGUCGCCGUGGCCUUCGUCAUGGCUCUCACGUCGCUGGGGAGCCAGGUGGCGUUCCAGGCGAUGGUGUCGGUCACCACGCUGGGGCUGUACAUCGCGUACGCGCUGCCGGUGUUUUUCCGCGUGACGACGGCUCGGAAGUCGUUUGUUCCGGGGCAGUUUCACCUCGGGCGAUAUGGGCUCAUGGUCGGCUGGAUGGCCGUGGUCUGGGUGGCCACCGUCACGGUGCUCUUCUCGCUGCCGGUGGCGUACCCGGUGGCCAAGGAGACGUUCAACUACACGCCGGUGGCCGUCGGUGGCGUGCUGCUGCUCAGCCUCGUCGCGUGGGUGUUCCAUGCCCGCUUCUGGUUCCAAGGGCCUGUCACCAACGUUGACGCGUAAAACGUACCCUGAAUUUUUGUAAAUUUGAACGCGCGUACCCUGAUUUGAUAAAUUUCAAUUUGAAGCGUAUUUGGGUUUGACCACGAAUUGGAUCCGUACCGAUCCGUUAAACUCAAAA